UCAGCGGUUACUCAGGGCGGACUAACAAAACUAGAACAAAAGGCUGAAUUUCUGCGCUUUUGCGCUGCUUAUUUGUCCGAAAUGUCGUCUGAAGUACUCGCGCCGCGUUCUGACCCGACAGCCGCUCCGGAACAGGCCCUGUCCGUGGCUCCGUCGGCCGGUCUGGCCACCGCGGGCUACCGCUCCGCUAAGUAUGGCCCGGGCGAGUGGCUGGCCAACAACGCGGCCACGCUGCAGCGCGCGUUCUCUGACCGGCUCGCAGCCGAGAGGAUCCAGCGCGCCUCCCGCGCUCUCUCGGGCGAGGUGGAGGCGGGCACGCUGGGCGCGCAGAGCCGCGGAACCCGGCUGCUGGGGGCGCGGCUGCAGGACCUGCACUCCCGCAGGUCGGAGCUGGAGCGCGGCGUGGAGCGGCUCGCCGCCGAGACGGAGCUGCUGCUCGGGCUGAAGAGGCGGCUGGAAAAGGCCCUGCUGACCACCGACAUCCCUCUGACCAUCGCCACGGACAACCUGGGCUGCAGGGAGAGGCGGUUCGGGCCGGAUCUGGUCAAGGACCAAGUGGAAGAAGAGCUUCUGAAGGAGGUUGAACUCAUCAGAAACGUCCAGGCUCUGCUGAAAAAAACUCUGGAUCAAGCUGUCAAUCAAAUCAGGUUGAACAGGGAGGCCAAACAGACACUGGAACUGGACUGGUCAGAUAAACACGAGGCCUACAGUCUGGAUGACCAUUGCGGCCGCUAUAGCAACAGGAGCACGGACACACAGCACUACCCAGGCUCAGCUAAAGUGCACGAUCAGCUGUGUGGUGAGGAAGCGUGGCUGAAGUUCACUGAGGUGAACCUGGCUGAGGCGGAGCGUCAGUGUGAAAGCAGCGCGUCUCUGCGUUCUCUGUGUGAGCGAGUGCUGCAGGAGACGGCUGAGGACCUGCAGGCUCAGAGCGCUGCGGUGGAUCAGAGCUUCAGCCAGCGCUGCCUGGAGCUCAGCCAGGCCAAGAACCAGCUGGAGCUGCAGCUAUCACAGGUGCUGGAGCAGAUUGGGGUUCAGGAGCGGAACAUCAGUUCUCUGCAGCAGACUAUAUAUGAUAAAGAAGCUCCGCUGCGUGUGGCUCAGUCCAGACUGCACUAUAGAGCACAGAGACCCAACAUGGAGCUCUGCAGAGACCAGCCACAGAUAAGUCUGCUGAGUGAAGUGGAGGAGAUCUCCGGCAGUGUGAGUCUUCUGCAGCAGCAGUUGUCUGAAGCUCGAGGCUCGCUGGCUCAGCUGGAGGAGAGCAGGCUGAUGCUGGAGAAAGACAUCAGCUGCAAAACGCAUUCGCUGUUCAUCGACCGCGAUAAGUGCAUGAAACACCGCACAUGCUACCCCACUGUACUCACCCUGUCUGGAUACUGACACACACACACACACA